AUGGUAGCUCCCAGGCGACAAGCAGUCACUCUGGUUAUCAUCGCCGUCCUUCUUCUUUUCACCACCAUCCUCUGGAAACACCCUUCUGGACUUUUACCAGCCCUCCCACAUCAAUCUUCGCCCGACAUGUCGAUCACUCACAUUGUCAUGUUCCAAUUCAAAGCGGAGGUCAGCCCCGAAGUAAUCAAAGAUGUGUGCUCUCGGAUGCUCGCUUUGAAAGAUAAUUGUAUACACCCCACCUCACAGAAGCCAUAUAUCCAGGCCGCAUCGGGCGGGCAGGACAACUCGCCCGAAGGCAUCCAAAACGGCAUCACCCACGCUUUUGUGGUGCACUUCGCCAGUGCUGACGAUCGUGAUUACUAUGUGUCCAAGGAUCCAGCUCACCUGGCAUUUGUCAAAAGUCUGGAUGGUAUCAUCGAGAAGGCGCAGGCGGUUGACUUUAUCGAUCGUGUCUAUUGA